UUCAUUUGGAAGUUUUAAACAGAUCUGUACUAAUGUCACAAUGAAGCGGUGCCGGUUACUACAAUUCCUGCCUCUGGCGCUGUUUAUAUUGCCGUCCGUCCUUGGUCAGUUAUGUCCGGAGGGUUGGCUGGAGAGUCCAGUCAGCGACUACUGCUUUCAAUUCAACCCCAAAAGAAUCAGUAAAACGUGGGCCGAGGCGCGGAAGGCGUGUCAGGCGAGGCUGGGUGAUCUGGCAUGGUACGAGAAUACAGAGGAGAGGAGCUUUAUCGUGAAAACAGCAGGACGCAUGUCCCAGGCAGACCCGGAGACGGAGGCUUUCUGGGUUGGUCUUACCGAUGAAGUCAAAGAAGGGGAAUGGAAAUGGGUGUCAGAGAAAGCUGGCACAGGUAGCAGUCUAAUAGACUGGGCUCACAACGAACCUAAUGGAGCCAACAGCGAGAACUGUGGCGAGGUUUUGGUGAAGAGCGAUUCUUUCAACGUGGGGAAAAUGAACGACAAGGAUUGUUACUCACCCUUCCCCUACAUAUGUAAAAGACCCAAAGCUGUGGUAGACAAUUGCCCAUCAAAUUGGCAACAAGUACAAGACUCGUGCUACAGAUUUUUUGAUCUGGAGAAGGGAUGGCAUAGUGCUCACCAUGAUUGCAAACGGUAUGGAGCAGAGUUAGUCACAGUGGACAAUGAAGUGCAGCAGCAGUACAUUUAUGAUGUGUCCCGAUUUGAAGACAAACCAGUCUGGAUUGGAUACGAGUCCUUCAAUAACAAUGGUGGCCUUGGAUGGAAGAAAAAUGGUGUUGUUCUCCCCCCUCCAUCUGGAAAGGAGCAAGAAACAUCCUCAGAGUUUUGGUCAGAUGGCAAGCGUCCUAUCCAACUGCGUAACCAUGCUGUUUGUGCGGAGGUGGUCCCUACAUCCGAGGAGUCCAGGAAAUCCUGGGUGAUCAACAAUUGUCAGGCCGAGAGACCAUAUAUGUGUAAAAAACCUGAAGGCACAUGUGCCACAGGCUGGCAGCCACACAAUGGAACAUGUUACCAGUUCAAUGGGAACCUCAAACUGUCCUGGUAUGAUGCUGCCACUUAUUGUCAGUCACAGGGAGGAGAGAUGGUCACCAUAGAGAGGAAAGAUAUACAACAUUUUUUGAUAAGAAAAAUAGGUGGCUUAGAAUUUGAUAAAAAUUUGAACAUUUGGAUAGGUGGCUCUGAUAUUGACUACAAACCAAAAACCCUGCACUGGAGCAACAAGAUGGCCAUGAGUGGUGGCUACACCAAUUGGUUGGCUGGUCAGCCUAUGACCAGUGCUAAUAACCCACUCUGUGUACAGAUGACUGCAGACCAGGGUAACUGGACAGCCAGUGAGCGCUGUACGGCUGAGCAGACUUUCAUCUGUCAGAUUUCUGACAGAAAAGUGGUCCUCCCUCCCACUGUGGCACCAGCUAAGGGCAGCUGUGAGCCUGGUUGGGAAGGUUUUGCCUUCUCUUGUUACUACUUCAGUGGGGAGACUGCCAGUUGGCUGGACGCUCAGAAAGCCUGUCAGAACAAAAAUGCUCACUUGGUGAAGGUGAACAAUGCCAGGGAAAUGUCUUUCAUUGACCGCAAAUUAACAGCAGACUCUUGGCUUGGACUUAAUGACCGCCAGUCAGAGGCACACUGGGUGUGGCAUGAUAAGACACCAGCAAAAUAUACUAACUGGGGCCCAGGGAAACCAGACAAUGCAGAGUAUCGUCAUGGUGAGCAGUGUGCUGCCGUGAUGAGAGGACACCUCAAGGGACUCUGGGACGACAUGAUCUGUUCUGAUAAGUUGGCCUAUGUAUGCCAAAAAGAUAUCGGACCUAAGACCACUUCAGGACCAAUCACUAUGGGACCUUCAUAUGGCGCAAAAUGUGGCCCUUUCUGGGAGGACGACACAUUGAGUGACUACUGCUAUCAGUUUAACACGGAUACAUUGUCAUGGACAGAAGCACAGCUACAGUGUCAACAUAAUGGAGGAGAACUGACCAGUAUCACUGGACUUCACGAACAACAGUAUAUUGCAGGAAGAAUACGUAUGAUCCCAGAGAUGAGAUAUUUUUGGCUUGGAGGAAACGAUCUACGAUUUGAAAAUGGAUGGGUCUGGAAUGAUGAUUCUCCCUUUGCUUUCAUUAACUGGGGCGACGGCCAACCCGAGUCUGGCUGGAAUGCAGACUGCAUGGAGAUUGACGCAUCUACGGGUGACUGGAAGGACAGGGACUGUAAAAGUAGAAGAGGAUAUAUAUGCAAGAAGAAAGGCUCUGGUCUAUCCACAACAACUACCACAUCAACUACCACAGAACAACCAGGAUCUCCAUAUUGCCCCAAAGAGUGGAGCCUGUAUGGCAAGAGUUGCUAUAAAGUUUUCCAAGAGAAGAAGAUGUGGAACUUGGCCAAAGAUGUGUGCAGACGAGAGGGGGGUGACCUCGUUUCCAUUGCUGGGGAGAAUGAGGCCAACUUUGUGGCCGCAUUGGCAGGAGAAUGGAAUGAUGACAAGUCAGAAUUCUGGAUUGGACUCAACGCACUUAGAGUUGUGAACCUGUUUGAGUGGUCUGAUGACUCCAGUGUAACAUACACAAGCUGGAGACCACACGAGCCUAACAACCACCAGGGGAAGGAGCGCUGCAUUAGUCUCUAUGCUGAUGGGUACAAUACUGGGAAAUGGAACGACAAUGACUGUGCUCAGUGGCUCCCCUACGUGUGCAAGAAACCAGCGCCAAGGAUGGUGAACCCUCCUCCUGUCACCUACACAGGGUGCCCUUAUGAGAGAGCUACUGGUGCUUACAAAGGGUCCUGUUACUCUGUUUUUGCCACUGGAGCUACCUGGCAUGGUGCGGAAUGGGCAUGUAAUAGUACCGGAGGCUACCUGGUGGCCAUCAAUGACCACCUUGAACAAGCCUAUAUCUCAGGACAGAUAGGGGGGAGACUGACGGUGAACAUGGAGUUCUGGACUGGUCUCAGCAAGGGCGGGGAAGGCACUUCAUAUGAAUGGAUCUCUGGGGACUGGGUGUCCUUUACUAACUGGGACGAUGCUCAUAUGGGUAAUGAGAAAGAUGUCUGCGUGGUGGUCUCCAAAACUUACAAGUCUAUUGGAGAAUGGUCUGACAGGAAUUGCAAUGAAGAGAAAUUCUUUAUUUGUGAAUACAAAAAGGAUGGCUAUCUACCCACCCCAGCAACUACCACUCCUAAAGGACAGUGCCCAACAAAAUAUGGCUGGAGGGAAUAUGGGAACUAUUGCUACAAGACAGAGAGUUUUUACGGCAGGUCAAAGAAAACCUGGUCUCAGGCUCGUGAAUACUGCAUUGCAAUAGGGGGCGAUCUGGCCAGUUUUCAUAGUGAAGAUCAGAUGAGAAAUGCAACCUCCAUUUCUGCAUCCAGUCGAUACACUGAUCUCUAUUGGAUUGGCCUAUCAAAACCCACUAAGAGUAGCAACUAUGUUUGGAGUGAUAACUCGGCUUUGGAUUAUACUAACUGGAAAGCAGGCGAACCAAAUGACCACAAUGGGCGUGAACAGUGUGUGGAAAUAGACAAAUAUGGCGGAGAAUGGAAUGAUGUCAACUGCAAUGCUAGAAGAGAUGUGAUGUGUCAGAUAAGAAAAGGUGACCCUCUGUUGACCACAAUGUCCACUGUUUCACCAACUCCAGCUCCAACCUGUGGCUCUGAUUCUGAUUGGCUUGCGCACAAAGAUUACUGCUACUUCAUCAGUGGAUCAUAUGGCUCUGGGACAAAAUCUUGGUAUGAUGCAAGGAAAUACUGCAUGCAAAAUGGCGGAGAUCUAGCCAGUAUACAUGAUAGCGACGAGAAUGAUUUCCUGCUUUUGGAGACAAGCAAGAAUUCAAAACAGAAGUACUGGAUUGGCCUAAAUGAGCUAGAUUUACAAAGCUACAAAUGGUCUGAUGGAACACCAACUGACUUCAUUUGGUGGGAAAUAAACGAACCCAACAACUUCUUGGGAGGACAGAAAUGUGUGGACUUUUACACCAGCACAGGACAUUGGAAUGAUGACAAUUGUGGUGACUUAGAGAGCUACAUCUGCAAGAAGCACAAGGACAGCAGGACGACAGCCACCCCAGCCCCCACCCCAGUACUGCAGGGAAACUGUCCACCAGGCUUCCAGGGCAUUGGCAACAAGUGCUUUAUGUUAGUAGGGGAUGAUGUUGAUUCCAGCCAGCUAAAGAACUAUACAAACGCAGUCGCUGCCUGCGCGGCACUCAACAAAAAGUAUACACUAGCCAGUAUAACUAACCCACUGGAACAAGCUCUGGUGACUUCAAUGUUGAAGGGUAAAAAAGUAGAUUUUUGGCUGGGCUUAAACAAGCUUAUUUUGCGAAGGUUCCAGUGGACUGACAACUCUCAGUUUGACUUCACAUACUGGGACUAUGGAGAACCAGAUGGAUCUUCUUAUGGAAGUGACAGGGAAGACUGUGUCAGUCUCACCACUAGUGGAAGUUCAGCCGGACACUGGCGUGAUCGAGAUUGCGACCUGAAACUGGGAUAUCUGUGUGAAACCUGGAAAGACCCAAGUCAACCAGCGCCACCUGUCACCCAAUCUCCUGCUUCAUGUCCUCGUGGCUACGACACAUACGGCAGUGACUGUUACCAAAUGACGGCAGCCAUGACUUGGGACAAUGCCAAGGCUACGUGUGAGAGGCAGGGAGAUAAGCUGGUCUCUGUCCUGGACAGUUAUGAAGAGGCCUUCCUCAUUUUAUACACUCAGAGAACUAAACCACAACCCGUUUGGCUUGGCAUGAAGAGGAAUGGGCGAUCCUACUACUGGGAUGACGGAUGGCCCGUGGACUAUGCCAACUGGGCCAACUCAGAACCGUCACGUGAAGAUGCAGAAAUGUGUGUGGCGCUGAUGCCAGAUGGGCGCUGGAAUGACACUGUAUGCAGUGCUUCAAUACAGGCAGUGUGUAAAAAAUCUUCAGGUGAAUAUGAUAUUGUCAUAAUAGUUCUGACUCUGUUCCACCAUCGGCUGCCACAGACAGUCCCGGAUACUGCCCAGAUGACAAAUCGUGGUUCAAGUACGGUUCCUACUGCUACCUGUUGA